GCUGAGCCCCGUGCCCGCUUUCUCCCCGCAGGCCCCCGCCAGCACUUCGCGAUGAGGCCGGACGCCCCGCCCGCCCGCAGGGCGCCGCGGGGCCACCAGCACACGCCUGGGCUGGACCUAGGUCCCGCCUCUGGCCGGGAAGGGGGUCGGGCCCAGCCCUUCCACCCCAUUGGCAGCUCCCCUUCACUUAAUUUAUUAAGAAAAAAAAAAGUUUUUUUUAACAAAUAAGAGGAAAAAAGGAAAAAAAAUGGGAGACGGGGGAGGGGGCUGGCAGCCCCUCGCCCACCAGCGCCUCCCCUCACCGACUUUGGCCUUUCUAGCAACAGACACAAGGACCAGGCUCCGGCGGCGGCGGGGGUCACAUACGGGUUCCCUCACGCCUGCCAGCCGCCCGCCCGCCCGGCGCAGAUGCACGCGGCUCGUGUAUGUACAUAGACGUUACGGCAGCCGAGGUUUUAAUGAGAUUCUUUCUAUGGGCUUUACCCCUCCCCCAGAACCUCCUUUUUUACUUCCAAUGCUAGCUGUGACCCCUGUACAUGUCUCUGUUUAUUCACUUGGUUAUGAUUUGUAUUUUCUGGGUUUUUUUGUUUUUUUGGUUUUUAAUUUAUAACAGUCCCACUCACCUCUAUUUAUUCAUUUUUGGGAAAACCCGACCUCCCGCACCCCCCCCCCAAGCUAUCCUGCCCNNCCCCCCCCCCCCAAGCUAUCCUGCCCGCCCCUCCAGGGACCGCCCGCCGCCGGGCUCUCCCUGCGCCCCAGUGUGUGUUCGGGCCCGGCCCGUCCGUCUCCGCCCGUCCGCCCGCGGCUCCAGCCGGGUUCUCAUGGUGCUCAAAACCCGCUCCCCUCCCCGACGUCCUGCACUUUCUCGGACCAGGCCCCCACUCCCGACCCGACCCCAACCCCGCCUGAGGGUGAGCGACUCCUGUACUGUAGGGGAAGAAGUGGGAACUGAAAUGGUAUUUUGUAAAAAAAAAUAAUAAUAAUAAUAAAUAAAUAAAAAAAAUUUAAAGUUUUAAAGAAAGAACUAUGAGGAAAAGGAACCCCGUCCUUCCCAGCCCCGGCCAAUUUUAAAAACACGGACCUUCCCCUCACACCCCCGUCCUCCCCUUUUCUUUUUAAGCGUGAACCAGUCCAGGGCCAGGGCCUCACUGGGGCAGGGACACCCCGGGAUGAGUUUCUCUGGGGCUAUAUUUUUAUUUUGUCGGUGGUUUUUUCCUCCCACGCUGGGGCCGCGGAGGGCUGGGGGGUUUACAGUCCCGCCCCCUCGCACUGCACUGUCUCUCUGCCCCAGGGGCAGAGGAGUCUUCCCAACCCUACCCCUAUUUUCGGUGAUUUUUGUGUGAGAAUAUUAAUAUUAAAAAUAAAAUCAGAGAAAAACAUCCGGUUUUGAUAACGUGCUGGUGCUAGCGGGGCGCGCGCUGGGAGGGGGGCUGCCAGGCCGGGCCAACCGCGCAGACCCCGGCGGGGCGAGCCCCUCCCCGAGGCGCCUGUGGAAUGUCCAGAGCGCGCGUCCGCUUCUCGGGCUGGGGGGUGCCUAAUCCUGGAGCCGCAUUCCAGGAUAAGGGGGGGUGGGGAGAGGCCGGGCCGGGGGAGGGGCAGGAAAGAGGGCUAUAAGGGCCGCGGCCCAGGCGGGCGGGAGCCAGGCAGGCCAUGGCGGAUGUCCCCGGGGCGCAGCGACCGGCUCCCGGCGGCGGCCCAGAGCCCCGGGACCCCCUGGACUGCUGGGCCUGCGCUGUGCUGGUCACGGCCCAGAACCUGCUGGUAGCUGCCUUCAACCUCCUCCUGCUGGCGCUGGUGCUGGGGACCAUCCUGCUACCCGCUGUCACCAUGCUAGGCUUCGGCUUCCUCUGCCACUCCCAGUUCCUGCGCUCCCAGGCGCCCCCUUGCACCGCGCACCUGCGGGACCCGGGCUUCACGGCCCUGCUGGUCACCGGAUUCCUGCUCCUCGUGCCGCUGCUCGUGCUGGCCCUGGCCAGCUACCGCCGCCUUUGCCUGCGCCUCCGCCUGGCCGACUGCCUCGUGCCCUACAGCCGAGCCCUCUACCGGCGCCGGCGCGCCCCGCAGCCGCGGCAAACCCGCGCCUCACCGGGGUCCCCGGCCGCUCCCACAUCAGGAAAGGUCUGGGUCUGAGGACCCUCGAGUCAAGAGCCACCCUGACGACUGCCCCCACUCCCAGUCGGCCCAAGGACUUCAAGCCCCGGGGUCUCCCGACCUACCCCGCCCCCACCCCAGCCUAAGCCGGGUCCCAGCAUCCCUUCGGGGGAACCGGAGCAUCCGUGGACCCAAAGCUGGCGGAAAUCCGCCACACCCCGGAAAACCCACUUUCCUCCUCCUACCUAGAUCUGAAUCCUGAACAUCUGGGCUGGACCCUGCACACACCCCACCACUCCACCCCCCCAGGACAACUGAACCUCGGGUCCUCCUUUUCUGGUGCACCUCCUCUAGUAUUUACGGGCUGGGGGGGGCGAGGUGGAGGGGAAGGAGUGACCACACAUCAAUAAAGAAUGAACUGAAUGCGUUCCUGGGAUCCUGUGAACAGAGGGAUGGCACAAAUCCCGUCACCGC